AUGAUGUGGAACUGUAGAGGUGCUGCGAGCAGAGAAUUUAGGAGAGUCUGUUAUAAUUUCUUGAAACAGAUUAAUCCUAGCAUUGUGGUGAUAAUGGAGACCCGUAUGAACCCUCUUAAUUUGGCCAACACUUUCAGAAGUAUGGGUUUUGAUAAAUUAAUGGGAACGGACGUUCAGGGAUUUGCGGGAGGUAUUGCAUUGGCGUGGAAAUCUGACAUCGUAAAAGUGGAAAUUCUGAGAAAGCAUUUCCAAUUUCUCCAUCUGCAAAUCAAGCUGAAUACUGGGGAGGAAUUCCUUUUCACCCCAGUUUACGCUAGCCCUAAUAGAAGCAUCAGGGAUGUUUUAUGGGAAGAGCUGACUCAGAUUUCGUUUCAAUUGAACCAAAGUUGGUUAGUUGGUGGGGAUUUCAACGACAUCCUUAAUAGCACAGAGAAGAAAGGGGGAGCACCUGUUGCCCAGCGCAAGUGUGAUAUAUUUAAAAACAGAAUUGAAACUUGUAAUCUUUUUGAUUUGGGAGCUGUGGGGCAUCGUUUCACUUGGAAAGGACCUAUUUUCCAUGGGAGAGGUAGAAUAUACGAGAGAUUAGACCGUGCCUUUGCCAAUGCUGCUUGGAGGAUCUAG